AUGGCGCCUCUUGUCCCGUCGCAGGAGGAGCUGCAGCGUCGUCGUAUCAUCGACAUCAACGCAGAGACUGUCACAAACAUCCCCUCCACAGAUUUCCCCGGUCAUUGGCCCGGAGAGUCGCAUGGUUGGGCGCUUGACAAAUUCAAAGAGGGCUUCAAGGUCGAAUACCACCGCAAUGACCCUCACGAAGCCUCGUUCUCGCUGAUCGGCCUCGACGCUGCGGUUGCCAAUGCCUUUCGCCGCGUUCUGAUGGCCGAGAUCCCGACUUUGGCUAUUGAAUACGUCUUUGUUCAUAAUAACACAUCCGUUAUCCAGGAUGAGGUACUUGCCCAGCGUCUGGGUCUGAUCCCGCUCAAGGGCAAUGUGGACGGAAUUAACUGGAUGCGCUGGUACCGCAAGCCAUCUGAAGAUGAGGAUUCUACCGAGGAAGACGGGCCGUCUGAUUUCAACACCGUUGUCAUGCACCUUGACGUGGAAUGCACUAAGAAUCCCAAUGCCCACCCCGACGAGCAGGAUCCGCGUAUCCUCUACAACAAUGCGCACGUCUACGCCAGAGAUCUUACCUUUUCUCCGGUUGGUCGUCAGGAUCAAUACUUCGUCGGUGAUGGUGCCAUCCGGCCUGUCAAUCCGGACAUUCUGAUCGCCAAGAUGCGUCCCGGUCAAAAGAUCGAAAUGGAACUUCACUGCGUGAAGGGCAUAGGAGCCGAUCACGCAAAGUUCUCGCCUGUUGCGACCGCCACCUAUCGUCUCAUGCCGGACAUCAAAAUUCAGCGCCCUAUAAUUGGAGAUGACGCGAAGAAGUUCGCCAAGUGCUUCCCGAAGGGAGUUAUUGCCCUUGAGCCUGUCACCGCCGAGGAGGCCUCGCAGAAGGGCAGUGGAUAUGAGGGUCACGCCGGUGAACAGAAGGCUGUUGUGCGUGAUGCUUUCAACGAUACCGUUAGUCGCGAGUGCUUGCGACACGAGGAGUUUCAAGGCAAGGUGAAGCUGGGCCGUAUUCGUGACCACUUCAUCUUCAAUGUUGAAAGCACUGGUCAGUUUGAGAGCGAUGCUCUCUUCUUGGAGGCGAUCAAGGUGCUCAAGCUGAAAUGCACCCGGUGGAAGCGGGGCCUGAGUGAUCUCAUGGCGUAA